AUGGCUUCCGAUCAAGAUUCUGAUCACGAUUCUGAAAUUCCCGAAUCACCCAAAACAAAAGUCACCGAUCCCACCCUCAAUCCAAGAGAUCCAUACUAUCUCCAUCCUGGCGAGAAUCCGGGUGCUACGAUCGUUUCUCCUCCUCUUGAUGAUAACAAUUAUCACAAUUGGAGCAAGUCUAUGCGUCGUGCCCUAACAUCCAAGAACAAGAUCUCUUUCAUCAAUGGGAGAAUCAAUAAAACUUCGCUGACCGAUGACAAUUAUGAACUAUGGGAACACGCAAACAACAUGGUGUUAUCUUGGAUCAAUCGGACUUUAUCACCUCACAUCGCUCAAAGCACGAUUUGCUUUGAUUCUGCUUUUGAGCUAUGGGAGGAUCUUCGUGAAAGAUUCAAAAAAGGUAACCACUUCCGUUUUUGUGAUCUUCUUCGUGAAAUACAUUCCAUACAACAGGGAGAUCGCACUUUAUCUGCUUAUUUCACUGCCCUAAAAAUCUUAUGGGAUGCAUUAGAAGAUCUUAGGCCUACACCUUCUUGCUCUUGCCCUAAUCCCUGCACUUGUGACCUAGCUAGAGCUGUUCGCAAUUAUAAGCAUAUGGAAUAUGUAAGGUGUUUCUUGAAGGGUCUUAAUGACAACUAUCAUAACAUUCACACACAUAUUCUUUUACUUGAUCCGCUUCCCAACAUUAUUAGAGUCUAUUCCCUAAUUGCUCAACAACAAAUCCUCCCUUCACCAUCACCAUCUCCUACUGUUCUUGCUACAAGCGGUUCCAAUACCAAACCUAAACCCAAAGGCACCCCCAAGGCAAUAAUGGUUUGCACAAAUUGUCACAAGACUAACCAUACUAUUGACACUUGCUAUUUCAAACACGGUUUUUCACCAGGUUAUAGAAACAACAAUCCCAAGAGUGCCUCUGAAACCAAAGCUGCAUAG